AUGCUGUUUGCAAACGAGUUCUUGCGACUGGGCACCAGGGAUCCCUCGCGGCUCUCUGUAGAACUUGUCAGUCUCUUCCACGAACCUGCUCUUAACGUACUUUACAAGUCGCUGGAAAGUCUUCGUCCAUUGCUGUUUUGCGUCCCUGCAAUCAGUCACAAUCGGAAACAAGAUCAGUUACGCCUUUCAGACUGGCAGCGAAUGCAGUAUUACGCCAAAAGAGUUCAUUCACUCAGGGUCAAUGACCAAGAAGAGGUAGUCAUCGAUAAGACUAUUCUACAUGCACUAGCUGCUUCAUCCUUCGCGCCCCCUAUGUUUACUCAUCUCAAACGGCUUUGGUGGUCAAAUAAUUCUGCAGAUGCUUUACCACUCCUAUGUUCUCUAGUCAACUCCAGACUGGAAUGGCUAAUUUUGCACAAUAUGGAUCCGAUACUUCUUCCGCCUGUUGUCCCCCACAUUACCUCCAACAACUCUCUGCGCAUCGCGUGUUUCCCCGCAAAAUAUAGUAUGAGGCACAUACAUCCUGACGUGUUCCAGAGCUGGCGCAACUUACAGAACCUUGUCUGCGGUCUAAUCAAUGAUGCAACGCUCUAUCAUCUCGCAACAUCUUCUAAGCUUACGCAUUUCACUAUUCAAGUUGACGAGAAGAACGACUACAGUGCUCUCAUGAAACUGGCCGGCCAGCCAGUGUUUACCGCCCUUCAGGGGCUCGACAUCACUGCGACUCACACCUCCCACUGCAUCCCUAUUCUGGAAAUCUCAGAGCUACCAUCGCUACGCUCCCUCCGUAUUCAUUCGACGGAAACAGGCUUAACAGAUGCUGAGCUGCAUCGGUAUUUCUGCUUAAUCUCACGUCACUGCCCAAAUCUUUGGGAUCUACGGAUGAAAGAAUUGCAAGUAUCCCCACCGAAAUUCCCUAUUGGUUAUAUCAUCACGUUUGAUAUCUUGAAGACGCUCUUCUCCCUGCGACAUCUGGAAGCACUGCAUCUCGACACGACUUGCACGUUUUCCCUCGAUGAUAAGGAGCUUGCGCAGCUGGCUGGCACGUGGCUGAAAUUGCGUGCACUUGAACUGGGGAUCGAAAAUGGCUGGCGGCAACCAAGCAAAAUCACUCUACAGGGUUUCGCAAAGUUGUUGCAGCACUGCCCAGUGUUAUCGGUAGUCGGUCUUGCUAUGAAUGCCUGGGCACCGGAUAUCGACCAUCGACGACCUGGAGGAGGGAUCCGCAGAAACGGUCUGGAAGUCCUACGAGUGGCUGAUUCCAAGGUCACGGGCCCAUUGUCCGUCGCAGCGUUCUUGUCAGAUAUUGCACCGAACGCUGAGAUAACGGGCUACGAGAUCGGGUAUGACAUAUAUCAGACGUUUAAUACUCGGUUGUUGUAUCGGGAGAGGUGGGAGGAGGUUUCCAUGUUGCACCCUCUGUUUGUCAACUUGAGGAGGCAGGAAGCAGUGGGUUCGGGAUCGGACGAGUACUCCAGAGACUGA